AUGGCGCCAGCUCCUGUGCGACGGGGACCCGCCCCCCAGCAGAAGCUGCCAAAGCAGCGAUACUUCAAGGGCAAGCCUGGUGCGGAGGUCCGUUCGGACUCAGACGAUGAUGAGGAGGAGGACGUGAUCCUGCCGACGCGGUCCACAGCGCCGAAGCUCGACCCCAACUUCGUCGCUGGUGGUGCAGGCAAGAUCAUGAAGAUGGAGAGCUCGAUCAAGAUGGACCUCAGCAAAGCCAAGAUUGGCGACGGCGGCGUCAAGCACGAUCAAGCCGCCCAGGAAGCCGAGGAGGCAGCAAAACGCGCCGAAGAGGAGCGCGAGCAGCGCAAGCUGGACUCAAAGGAGCUUGCUGGCGAAACGAUCAAGCGCGAGCUUGCGGAAAAGGAGGUGUCGAAUGACCUGAUCCCCGACGUGGACGACACAGACGGUCUCGACCCGGAGGGCGAGUUCGAUGCGUGGCGUGCGCGUGAGCUGAAGCGUCUUCUCCGUGACAAGGAGAAGCAAGCGGAGCUCGACCGCGAGCGUGAAGAGAUCGAGCGUCGCCGUGCGAUGCCCGAGGACCAGCGUUUGGCGGAGGACAUGGCGUUCGCGGAAGAGACACGCGCGAGGGAGAAGGGCGAGAUGGGCUUCCUGCAGAAGUACUACCACAAGGGAGCCUUCCACCAGGACGGCGACGACGAGCUCUUCAACCGAGACUACACCGCCGCGACCGAGAAGGAUGUCGACAUGGCCGCGCUGCCGAAGGUUCUCCAGGUCCGCGACUUCGGCAAGGCGUCUCGUACCAAGUACACGCAUCUCACGGACCAGGACACGAGCCAGGGCGGAUGGGGAACGGCACACCAGCGCUUCGGUCUGCCCUCAGACUACCAGCAGCAACAGCAGGGAUGCUGGAACUGCGGUGGUAACCACAACCGCGCAGACUGCCCCAUGAACAGCGUUGAGGAGGGCGCACCGAAUCUCGUGGCUGGCUUUGACAUGAACCAGCUCGACCCUAAGAAUCGUAACAAGGGCAAGUCCUUUGGCCGCGAUCGGCCAGGCGGCAGCGGCAGUGGCAGAUCGUUCGGUACGUCUGCGAACAGCAGCGCACUGGGUGGAUCUUCGCGCUGGGGAGGCGGCGGUGACCGCGACCGUGAGCGCGACCGUGACGAUCGGGGUCGUGGUGACCGCGACCGGGACGACGAGAGGCGGCGGAGAGACGACGACUACAGGCGGAGCAGCAGGUACGACGAUGAGCGCGAGUCCAAGCGUUCGCGCUACGACGAUCGUGACCGUGACCGUGACUCGGACAGGAGACGACGACACAGCCGCAGUCCUCGCGGCGACCGGAGAGACCGGGAUCGUGACUAUGACCGAGACAGGAGGAGGGAUCGCAGCCGCAGCCAACACCGAUUCACGAUGCACGACUCAUCUUCGACUCUGUCCUUCGGCGUGUCGGCCGUGCAAUUCCCAUCCUCCAGAGAGACCUCCACCCUCGGUACAGCUCGGCGAUUCGCGGCCCGCUCGUCCGGCCCCAUGUCCCCACUCGCACCCCGCACGUCACCUCCACCUCGUGUGCUGCAUAUAACCUCUUUCCAAUCACAACAUCGGCAAACCCCACAGCCAAGCAACAUGUCGAACUUUCUGAGGAACGGACGCAAGAUCGUCGCCAUCGGACGUAACUACGUCGACCACGCCAAGGAGCUCGGCAACGCCGUGCCGAAGGAGCCCUUCUUCUUCCUGAAGCCGACCUCUUCCUACCUUUCCCCCGGAGGAAACAUUGAGAUCCCCAAGGGUGUUGUGGCCCACCACGAGGUUGAGCUUGGUGUUGUCAUCGGCAAGGAUGGCCGGGACAUCCCUGCCUCUAAGGCUUCGGAGUACAUCGCUGGCUACACCCUCGCCAUCGACAUGACGGGACGCAACAUGCAGGACGCGGCGAAGAAGAAGGGACUGCCCUGGGCCGCUGCCAAGGGACUGGACACCUUCUGCCCCGUUGGCAAGUUCGUCCCUGCCUCUGAGAUCCCCGACAACUCGAACGUCGGUCUCCAGCUCACGAUCAACGGUCAGGUGAAGCAGAAGGGCACGACGAAGGACAUGAUCUUCGACGUCUCGCACCUUGUCGAGUUCGUCUCUGGUAUCAUGGCCCUGCAGGAGGGUGACGUGCUGCUCACCGGUACCCCUGCUGGUGUCGGUCCUGUCAAUGCCGGCGACAAGGUUGAGGUCAAAAUGACCUACCCGGGACUGGACGGCAAGGUGCUCGACGAGUUCAGCGUUGGCGCUGUUGACCGCAAGGGCAACUACGAGUUCAAGGCUGCCCUCUAA